GUGAAUGACGUCCAGCAGCCAUUUUUUGAAAGGACCUCGGCGUGCAUGUGUGGCCAAAUGUUUUGCUUCGAAAGCUCUCUUCGCUGCGGCAAACCGAUGCUCGCCAGCGACAGAGCCUUUACCGGCACGCGCCGAUUAGUUAUGCCACUCGACGAAGCGUAGCGAACGAUGAACGUAGCGUCCGAGCCUCGUAUUCCUUCGACGACGAGAGGCCGGAGAUAAAGUGGUUUCGCGCCGAGCCCGGUGGCCAUGGAAUACGGGUGGUGGCUGUCGCUCGCUGUUUUUGUUGUGUCGGUGCUGCUUCUGUUUUACCUGUUCGUGUGCAACGUGUGUCGACUGAGGACGCGCAAGAACAUUGGUUCUGUAGGGAGGGUGCUGCUUGUUAUAGCGCAUCCGGACGACGAGUGCAUGUUCUUUGGUCCGACCGUGCUCGGGUUGCUGCAGCGGAAAUGCGAGCUCCAUCUCCUGUGCCUUUCCAACGGCAACUACUACCACCAAGGUAGUGAAAGGAAGGAAGAACUAUGGAGCAGCUGCGUUUCGUUGGGGAUCCCAAGUGAAAACUUGAUCAUAGUACAACACAGCAACAUGCCUGAUGAUCCAGAGUGCAUGUGGAAUUCAAACCUUGUGGGCAGGAUUGUGCAGAAAUACGUGAAGUGCCUCGGCAUAGACUCUGUCAUCACGUUCGACCAGUCUGGAGUCAGCGGCCACCUUAAUCACAUAGCAGUCCAUAAGGGUGUCGUGGGCAUACUUAAAAAGGACCUCGCUCCCGCAGGCUGCAGACUUUUCGUACUCGAGUCGGUGAACAAGCUGAGAAAGUACGUUGGCUUACUGGACGUGCCACUCAGCUACCUCCUUUCGGAGCACGCCUACGUGCUGCCCUGGAGCAUGGUGUCCCUCGUCAAAGUUGCGCUUCACAAGCACAAGAGCCAGAUGCUGUGGUUCCGUCACCUGUACAGCUGCUUCUCUCGCUACAUGGUCGUCAACACGCUGUCAGAAGUUACCGUCGACCAAAACAAAGACAAUUGAUGAGCGAGUCUUACUGGAAAGGCAAACACUCUCCGUCCUAUUACGCUGCUGUUUUUCCCGUAGUCAACCAAGUACCGAGGCUGCGUCCACUUUAGUCGCAGAAUACUAGUACUCAAGAAUUCCAAGCGGCCAGCACUGUUGUGUGCUGUCUGAUGCCAUAGGUUAGUGUUAUUACUUUUUUACGCAAUUGAUCUCUCUGGUUGAGCUGUAUCAUGUUCAACUGUGUUUGAAGGAGUUGAUACAAUAAAGUGCUCAAUAUUUUC